CCCAAUUUGUAGGGCCAAAAAACAUACCCAAUUUUAAAAGGGCCUACUUUCGUCCUAGCCCUGCAUAUGGUUCAAUGAUUGGACCCUGCGCCCAAACAACAUUAGGGAAUAAGAGGAGAGGCUCCAAUAGAGACCCAAGAUUUGGACAUGAAAUUCCACUAUCAUGGCCUUCGUCGAGCACUACUACACGUCUCACCACCUCCGGCGCGAAUCGCACCGGCCCUGCAAAUCCCUACCAGGAAGGUUCGAUGUUGUCCUUCGAAGGUCAGAGGAUCCAAGGCUGGCAAAACAUCGUGUCCAAACUCACCAGCCUCUCCUUCCAGCAGUGUCAGAAUAGUAUCUCCACCGUUCGAUUGCCUGCCGUCCUGUACCACUUGUGGGUUGCUUGUCUUGUUCAGCGGUAAUCUCCAAGUCGCCGGCGAAGAGCAUGCUCUCAAGUUCAUCCAGGUAUGUUUAUGUAUAUUAUGGAAUAGAAGAGGCUUCGUUAGAGACGAGACCCAAGAAUUGGAAAUGAAAAUCAACUAACUGA